AUGCAAGUCGAUGUUAAUGCGCUCAAUGCUAGACAAGGUUCUCAUACUCAAUCUACAAGACCUACUCCUGCUAGACCUACUCGUGUCAGUCUAGAGUUUUAUCGUCGCUUAUGCCAAGAUCGAGUUACGUGUUAUCGAUGUUUGAAACCCUACGACGCCUCUCAUCAAACUGCAGAAGGCCGCCCGGCGGGAUGUCCUAAUUCAGGAGUGUCUUCAGCUGAGAUGGAUGCUUUUGUCUUGGAAGCCCAACGUAAUCCCUCAUCAGUUUCGGCGGUGGCUAUGACGGUGCCUACUACUCAUGGCAAUCAACGCUCUAACCAUCACAGAGUUCCGACUUCUCGUUUGCUAAUGACGCCUUCGGUUUUACCUCGUCAAAGUAUAAAUUUUGGAUUUCAACAAACUCCUGCGGCUAUUAGACCGGGUCUUUUGUCUUCUUUCCCACCUUUACCAUCCCAAUCUCCAUCGUUAGCUUCCGAAUCCACGGUUCCGGCUGUUUCUCAACCAAAUCCCACUGCGGGUGUUGCGGCUUUAUUUCACGAAUAUAGGAGUGUGGAGCAACCGGAAGAUUUUAGUCAUGGGGGUAAUGAGGAUGAGUACUUUUCGGCUCAACCAAUGUUCAGUGAAGAAGGUGCCGGUCGAAAUGAGCAAAUUUCUGCUCUUGCCUUCCAUGGUAGCUGGGAUUCACGAGGGACUAUCAUCUUGGGAGCUUCGCGCUCAAAUCUCAAUAUCACAUCCCGUUCAAGCACAACUACGAAUUCGCCGAUCCAACAGCAUUACACAAGAAUGUACCAUUCAUUAUGCUCCACUGCAAGUAUAGCUCUCAUGACCAUGUGUACAGUCUUGACAACCCCAGUGGAUCUGGAUAGAAACGUAGACACUGUACUAAGAUUAGGAACACUAUACCCUGGGACCAUUGUGAUAUCAAAACUUGACAAAAUCGAUCCAUUGGACUCAAAACUUGCAGCCGAAAUGGUUUCUUUGGAAUUAACACUCGCAGCACCAUCGGGAACCGCAACGAACAUCGUACCACCAAAACAACAUGGACUUUCUGGGGUAUUGGGAAUUCAAAAGACAGAUUCAUUUAAACAUUCAUCUCAACGAAAACAACGCUUUAGGAUCUCACCAGAUGUUGAAAUGUGGCUGGAGGACCAAACCGUACAGCCCAUAAAGCCAGUGUCACAUCUACUAGAAAAUCUUCAGAGUAUCAUCCCCUAUAACAAUCUGGUGUUUGAAGCUUCACCAUCCAGGCUUUCAGCACAUAAUUUUCAGGAGUCUGUUUCGAGAAAUUCACAAAUCCAUGAAGUUUCGACUCGUAGCUUACCAAGGUUUUAUGCGAAUUCUCUCCAAGGCUCCACCCUUGACCCAUUUGCAGUGAAUUUCGAAAAUAUGGUGCAAGAUCAUCAUCGUUCAAUCAUUAAACCUCGUUUUUCCAAAUUUAAUCCCACCUCAAAGGUUCCAGAGGAGAAGAAAAUCUCAGGAACAUCUAAAAGUGGAUCUAAAGAAUCCCUCCCAAUCGGAGGCCAAAAUGAGGCUUCAACCGUUUCCAAUAGUCGAAGAGCUUACAGAACAAUACUUAGCAAUACAUCCAAUCUUUCAACAAGAGGAAGACAGGAACUUUGGGCACAUGAUCGACUCAAGACAGAGAUUUCCAGGUGGUUUAAACAGAUGGAAGGUACUUUAAAAAAAAGGAUCAAAGAAGAUGAACUUAUUCGAAUAGUACCAACUGAUAUCAUCAGAAAAGCACUCAAUGUCGCCCACCGGAGAUUGACAACCGCAUUUCUUGGAUAUCUGGUUAGAGAUUACCAAAUGAAAGGUAAAAACAAUGAAGAACUUCUAAGUCGGGGGUGGGAAUAUCUGAAGAGCUACAUGGUUCAAUGGGAAAGUGUCAAUCUUGAAGUCGUUCUCAACCUCCAAGGCAUUCAAGUGGAAAGCUAUGUCGGGGCAUGGACUCCAGCCCACCUCCUAGCAUAUUUGAUGUCGGUAGAUGGAAGGAAGCCCUGUCCUCCUGAGGUCCUAUCAAAGUUUGUUUUUGGCUGGGACAAAUCGAAUGCAUUAUAA